AUGAAACGAAAGGGCACUGCUGAUGGAGUUUCUAUGGAUGGCGAGCUUAUAAAACUAGAUUCAUGGUUUGGUAAUCCAAUAAUAUCCCCAGACUAUGAGAAAUCGAAAGACCAGGUCUUCAUGGAGGCAACCCUGGCGAUAAUAAUGGAAGGAGAUGACUAUACACACCUUCUAGCUGGUGGGAUUGGCUGGGAGGACAGAGACCAAGAUCUACCAUCGUGGGUGGUUGACUGGUCUCGACCCCCCAAGAUAUAUUCUAACGCGAGCUUCAACACCCGCCUAGAUACCAUGGGGGAUAGGUUCUGGACUGGAUUGGGAAAGGGGGCCAAAAUCAAAGAUGGCUGUUUUUCGCCUCUCGAUCGGAAAAGGAUUAUGGGCAAAUGCAUGCCCUUCGACAGAAUCGUGUUUCUAGAUAUCCGUCGUAUUUUAUCAGACGAAUACCCAUGGACGGAUUACGGGACCUUUCCCGCUAUCUCGACACGCGAAGCGCUCUGGAGGGUACUGCUAGACGUGGGGGAGACUAGAAGACCGAAGCGGCAUAGCUGCGAAAGUGGGGUCUGUGAAGUACCGGCAUACGGAUUCUCCCCGGGAUUUCCAGAGUCAAAUGGUGAGCAACAUCUCUGUAGAGAUCUUGUAGAUAGAGCGUUCGGCGCUUGGGCCGAAUUUAAGGGGGGCGAAUUAGGCAGAGCUUUCGAAAAAGCUAUAAUGCGUUCUCAAUCCUUUGGGUGCCGCAUUGCCAUAAAUUCUAAAGGCUUCCUAGGAACUGUACCACCAGGUUCGCAACUAGGCGAUGAGAUUUUUGUUCAUGUUGACUGCCCCACUCCGUUCUUAGUGAGAAAGGCACGAAAGACCGGGGUUGAUCCUGGAGUUCCUUGUUUUUAUCGACACCUUGUUGGGAAAGCUCAUUUCCUGCGCCUAAUGAAAGGCGAGUGGGCAAGACCAUACGGGGAAAUAGGUACGGAAGAGUUUGAGGCUAACAUGAAGAAGACGAUGAAAAAUGUUGUCCUGGUUUAG